AGAGAGUGAAAAAAGGGCAAUUAAUUAUCUGGCAAAGGAUGUUUUCCUGUGUUUAUUAGACUACCCGCGAGCUUUUCGUGUCUACUGAGUGAUUUUUGGCGAACGGACAAGCAGCGGAAAUGGCGGAAUUUAUCGACAGUCUGCUGAAUGAGAUGUCAUCGACGUUCAACUAUCAGGCGGAGGAGGUGAAAAUAGACUUGAAUGGGGACAGGACGCUCAAGUGGCGCAGUCUCCAUCACAAUCAGUACGCCUCCAGCAAGAAGAAGGACCUGAAAGGUGACCAGGACGACGGAACACCCACUUAUCAGCCUGUCAAGGUGUUCCGCAAUCCCCUAUCUGUCGGCAAUUCGUCCGGCCUGAAGAAGCUCCGUCGCGCCCGGAUAAAGCUGAGUCGCCUGGAGAGGAAUCUGCGGCGGAAGAAGAGUAAUGUGUCAGAGGCUGAGGAGAAGACCAACAUCCAUGUGAACUACAUCGCUGGUGAUUGCUCAGUGAAUCUGAUUGACAUCAAGCCCGAAAGCAUGCAGAUUUUCCAGGGAACUCCUGUGAAACUCGAGCGGCGGACAUCUCGAAGAUCCACAGAGAAGUCAGAAUCCGUGGUGGUGAAGAAGACGCCCAAGAAGGUGACUUCUUUGCCGACACGGCCUGAAGGAACGCUGCUAAGUCAGCGUCCGCCGCGCAGAGUGAAGCCCACGGAGAAGAUUCUGGCCAACAAGCGCCUUCGUCGGGGAUUUCAGAUCCACAACACCCGCGUGAAGGUUAACGAAGCCCUGUGGCGUGAGCGCGAGAGUCUCGCCACGACGCCCACGCGUGACAGGAAGACGUCAACGCGCGAAAAAAUACCCGGACAAGUACAAGAGGCGGAGUUGACGAGGAAAACAGAACAUUUUGAGAAGCUGGGACUUCGCACCACGGCUGCUAAUGUGGAACCUGACACGAGUCAAGAGGAGCCCGACCAGAAAAUCUCCCUGCCUGAGAUACCAGUGGCGCCGAUGCUGUGUCUGUGCCAGGAAGAUACUCGCUUCUAUCCACACGGACAUGGGGAUGUGCUCUUCUGCAAUGCCGUGGAUCAGUUCGAGUCAGAAUUCGUGGGCUGCUGCAAUCAAGUGGACGAGAACACUUGCAUUCGGCGGCCCAGCACAAGAGCCUGCUUCAUGGUGCUCUGUGAGAGUCAUCUGAAGCGCCUCCUGAGUCACAAUUGCUGCUCGGGAUGCGGCAUCUUCUGCACGCAGGGCGCCGUCUUGCUCUGUCCGAGAAAUCACUUCUUUCAUCGCGAUUGUGUUCUUGAGGAAGGCAGAAGAAGCGAUCAAGUGCGAUGUCUCCAUUGCGGAGAACUGACCGAGUGUGAAGAAGUGAGGAUUGAAUUGAAGUGUGACAACAGGAUUGUCUUUUAUCCCAGUCAGAAGACUUACCAAAGAUGCUCAAAAACAAUGAACAGCGUGGCAAUGAAUGAUUCACAGAUGUCAGGAGAAGAGUCUGUGGCGCAAGAAGUGAGCAGAUCAAUUCCUGAGCACAUCAUGAGUGUUCUCAUCAGAGUGUCACAACAGGGCACAGAUUCCCUGCCUCCGGAUGCUCUCAGUGCCAAAAAUCUCCAGGCAGCCAUCAAAAGUGACAAUGUGGAUCGCGUGGCGGAGUUCAUUGUGAAGGGAUUCGACUUCACGGCGCCCAGUCAGGAGUUUGGCUUCGGCUCAUGCCUGCACUUUGUCGCCUUCCAUGGGAGUGUGGAAGUUGCCCAGUUGAUUCUCUGUCGUUUCUCCGCGCCGGAGUUCAUUGACAUGCUGGACAAGGAGUUUCAGACGGCCGUCAUUUGUGCAGUGAAUGGAAACAAGACUGACAUUCUCGUGCUGCUGCUGCAAUAUGGCGCCAAGAUCACACAGAAGGGACCCGAUGGGAUGACUGCCCUGCACUUGGCGGCAAAGAUGGGCAAUAUUCGCGCCAUGAAAAUCCUCUUAGAGCACUACAAGAAGCGUGCGGACGGGAAGAAGUUCCGGGAGUUUCUCGAUGAUGUGGAUCAUGGGAACUGGACGGCUCUGGUGUGGGCAGCUGAGCUGGGUCAUGUGAAUAUCGAGAGUUAUCUGGUUGGGAUGGGCGCUGAUGCGACAAUUUGUGACUUUGAGGACAACACUGCUCUGCACUGGGCUGCACUGUCGAACAAGAUUGCCGCUGUUCUGCCAUUGCUGCAAACCAAUGUGGAUGUCAAUCAUCAGAAUGUGAAUGGCGACACGCCACUUCACAUCGCCUGUCGUCAUCUCAACACACAGAUGUGUCUCAUGCUCCUGGCCAACGGAUCCGACGUGCACGUGAGGAACUUCUCAGAGGAGACGGCGAUUGGAUGUAUUCCUGAUCCGAAGAGUCAGUGCGCCCGGAUAAUGCAGUUCAACAUGCAGAUGCAGAAGAAGAGAGUGGCGCUGGUGAGUCAAGUUGUGUGCCAAGAUGUGACGAAUGGGCGCGAAUCAAUGCCCAUCGCCAUGGUGAAGAUUGCUCGCAAGAGUAUCCUGCGUCGCUCGGAGGAGGUUCUGCCUGCCGCGACACUGCCCAACUUCAGAUACAUCACAAGACCCGUGAUGGUGGAAGAGCUGGUGCAGAUGGACUGUCGACUGGCGCGGUCGGAAGUGUGUGACUGCACAAACGACUGCACAACGGGUUUGUGUCAGUGCAUCAGGAGAUCUAGUCAGAAUUGCUACACUUCAGAUGGUCGCCUUGUUGAUGACUUCAACUUUGCCGAACCGUGGAUUAUAUUUGAGUGCAGCGAUGUGUGCGGAUGCAACAAGCUUGUCUGCAAGAAUCGUGUCGUCCAGAAUGGCAUUAAGGCACCCAUGGAGGUGUUCAAUGUGCUCGGUGAUCAGAAAGAGUGGGGCGUGAGGUGUUUGAAGGAGAUUCCCAAGGGAACGUUCAUUGCUGAGUAUAUUGGUGAGGUGUUGAGCAAUGUGGAAGCGGAUAAGAGACCUGUGGACAGCUAUUUCUUCGGCUUCGACAUGUCUGAUUACUGCAUCGACGCAAAUUUGUACGGAAACGUGAGCAGAUUCUUCAAUCACUCUUGCAAUCCCAACAUGAUUCCGAUUCGAGUCUACUUUGAUCAUCACGAUCUCCGAUUUCCAAAGAUCGCCUUCUUCGCCACGCGAAACAUUGCCGAAAAUGAGGAAUUGACUUUCGACUAUGGGAAGAACUUCUGGAAAGUCAAGCAGAGAUACUUCAAUUGUUUCUGCAAUACACCAGAGUGUCGAUACAGGAUGAAGAUGUCGUCGCCAAUAAACUCGGACUGAAGUCACCGCAAAAGCUAUAGACCUAUUGCACAACUCCACACUGUCACGUCUCGAGGCACACGCGCGCCGUUUUCCAAAAAAGGACACUCGCGGAGAGCAAAAAUGCGCAAAAACAAAAAUAAGGGAAAGAGAAAAGGAGGUGAAAAAGCAGCACAACUUUCAGGCGACACGGAAGGUGUGCAUCGAAUCGAGGUGGUGAGAUGAGGAGCUCGAGAAUGUAGCGCAAGAACACAGCACGAGAUGCGCACCCAUCAAGAGUAACAUGGACAAUGACUCGAUGCUGACGACAUUACGUCUUUUUA